AGCAAAUCCGGAGUGGAUGCGCAGAUCACGCCAUCAUCAUCAUCAUCAUCUCUCACAUGCUGCUGAAGCCGGUAGUGAAAGGAAACGUGGUCCCAAUUCAGCCAAUUCAUCUUAAAUUACAGCGUUUUAUUUGCGUUAUUAUCAAGUGGACCUUCCGAAGACAUCAUCCCUGUCUCUUUGUGUCACGCACUUAACGUUACCGCCCCAGGAAACGUUUAGUCAGAGAAUUACACAUCUAGUACGAUUUGAUAUGAAUUAAAAUCUAAGUGACUGGGUUAAUUUUGCCGAAAUGGUGGCAGGUGAGUUUCUUCCAGAGCAGCAUGUUCUGCCUGACAGGCUUGACAACACACCAGACGGCAUUGUCACGGAAGCAAAUACAGACGACGACAGCGGCUACAAGGAGCUUUCCAAUGGAUCGGUCCAUAUAAUAUUGGAUCCAAAGGUGCUGGAACAGGAGCUUCCACCACCGGAUGAAAAAGAGGCGAUGCUUCCCGCCGAGCACAAUAACGAUGCGCUCGAGACGAGACUCUACUGGAGCCGGUUCGCCGUUCUCGCCGUGUUCAGCCUUUAUUCGCUAGUCAACGCCUUUCAGUGGAUCCAGUACAGCAUCAUUACGAACAUCUUCAUGGAGUAUUAUGAAGUAUCAAGCAUUAUGAUUGACGGGCUCUCCGUGGUCUAUAUGGUCGCUUAUGUGCCUUUAAUCUUCCCCGCGACGUGGCUGUUAGAUAAGAAGGGGCUGAGGAUGACUGCGUUGUUAGGGGCCGGGUUGAAUGCUCUGGGUGCGUGGGUGAAGUGCGCCAGUGUGGGGCCCAAUCUGUUCUGGGUCACCAUGACCGCACAGAUCAUAUGCUCUGUGGCACAGGUGUUCAUCCUUGGUCUCCCCUCCAGAAUCGCGUCGGUUUGGUUCGGCCCGAAAGAAGUUUCCACGGCUUGUGCCACAGCGGUGUUGGGCAACCAGCUUGGUGUAGCCAUAGGUUUCCUGCUCCCCCCUGUACUGGUUCCCAACACUGUAGACGACAAAGAUCUCAUGGGCCACAACAUCAGCAUAAUGUUCUAUGGAACAGCUGGAGUUUCAACUCUGCUCUUCCUUCUAACAAUAUUUGUCAUUAAGGAUAGCCCUCCACUCCCACCCAGCAAAGCCCAAGCUGUUCUCUCCACUGGUCCAGCUGAAGACUAUUCAUACAAACGAUCAAUCAUAAACCUCUUUAGGAGCAAGCCCUUCAUUCUGCUCCUCAUCAGCUAUGGCAUCAUGACCGGAUCAUUCUACUCUGUAUCUACACUUCUCAAUCAAAUGAUAAUUACUUACUAUCCGGGUGAAGAGCUUAACACAGGGAGAAUCGGCUUGACUUUGGUGGUGGCUGGAAUGUUCGGCUCAAUACUGUGUGGAGUCUGGUUGGAUCGUACAAAAACCUACAAAUUGACAACAUUGAUCGUCUACGUGCUGUCCUUUAUUGGAAUGGUGGUGUUCACAUUCACGCUGAACGCUGGAUAUCUGCUUGUUAUCUUCUUUACUGCUGGGGCCUUAGGGUUUUUUAUGACUGGUUACCUUCCCAUUGGCUUUGAAUUCGGUGUUGAAAUCACAUACCCUGAGUCUGAGGGAACGUCAUCUGGUCUUCUGAAUGCUUUUGCACAGGUGUUCGGCAUCAUAUUUACUCUCAUACAAGGGAAGCUGACCACAGACUACGGCCCACUCAGCGGAAACAUUUUCUUGUGUGCUUGGAUCCUCCUUGGCAUUGUUCUAACAGCUCUGAUUAAAUCAGACCUCAAAAGACACAACGUCAAUGUGGGCAAUACAAACAAAGGACAAGCAGUUCCCACUGAGCUGCCUUCUGAUAAAGCGUCCAGUGACGUCAAGCUGGAGUCCUCUAGCUUACCUCACGAGACUUCAAUUUAAGUCUUAAACGUUUCCAACAGCACAUCAAAAAUCACAAGAGAUUACAGACUCUCCUGAGAUGACUUGAAAUCUCCUUAUUUUGCUGUAAUGUAAUGAUGUUAUAGCACAAUUUUCAGUGAAAACGGACUGAUAAAUGUUCACAAAUAUGCUUUAAAUGAAUUUCUGUGAAUCUAGGCUGAUUGUAUAUACAAUCUGUCUCUUAAUUAUACAUGCAUUGCAAGCAUUAUUUUAUUUAUUUAUUGUUUCAAGAAUUGUGGACCAAAUAUUAGGAUUUUAACAUGGCUUGUAAGGCCUAAAUGCACAAUCACGUUGGUGUGACUGGAACAGCAUAUGUUGGUUUGCUUCGUCUCAAAGGACCUGUCUGACUGUGUGUUGCUGGGACGUUUCUAAAGUCUGCUGUUGUAUUGUAGAAUAUCUACAUGUAAUGAUA